AGAAGAAGCAACUAAGAGAGAAACAUGAACACUACGUGUUGUUCCUCAUCAACACCACUACCGAUUCUGACAUUCACAGAGAAAGCCAAAUCCCUCUCAGAGAUCCGACAAGCACACGCCUUUAUGCUCAAAACCGGUCUCAUCCACGACACAUUCUCCGCCAGCAAACUCAUCUCCUUCGCCGUCACAAACCCACAACCCAAAACCGUCUCUUACGCCCACUCAGUCCUAAACCGCAUCGAUACCCCCAACGCCUUCACUCACAACUCCCUCAUCAGAGCCUACGCCAACAGCCCCACCCCGGAGACCGCUCUAACCGCUUUCCAAGAGAUGCUCCUCUCCCGCCACGUGGUGCCCGAUAAGUACAGCUUCACGUUCGCGUUGAAGGCCUGCGCUGCGUUUCGCGGGGGUGAGGAAGGGAGACAGAUUCACGGGCUUUUCUUGAAAAGCAACUUGGUUUCGGAUGUGUUUGUGGAGAAUUGUUUGGUUAAUGUUUACGCGAGGAGCGGGUGGUUUGAGGUUGCGCGGAAGGUGCUCGAUGAAAUGUCUGUGAGAGAUGUGGUUUCGUGGAAUUCGUUGUUGAGUGCGUAUGUGGAGGAGGGUAUGGUGGAGGAAGCGAGGGGGGUUUUUGAUGAGAUGGAGGAGAGGGAUGUUGAGUCUUGGAAUUUUAUGGUUUCGUGUUAUGCCUCUGCGGGGUUGGUUGAGGAGGCUAGAGAGGUUUUUGAUGAUAUGCCGGUUAAGGAUUUGGUUUCUUGGAAUGCGAUGGUUAGUGGUUAUGCGCGUGCGGGGUUUUACGGUGAAGCGUUGGAGGUUUUUAAUGAGAUGCUUGAGAGUUGUGAAGAGGAGCCUGAUGGUUUUACUUUUGUUAGUGUUUUGUCUGCGUGUGCUAAUCUUGGUUCGUUGAGUCAAGGUGAAUGGGUGCGUGUUUUUAUUGAUAAGCGUGGGGUUGAGAUUGAUGGGUUUUUAGCGACGGCGCUUGUGGAUAUGUAUUCCAAGUGUGGGAGGAUUGAUAAGGCUGUUGAGGUGUUUAGAGGGGCUUUGAAGAAAGAUGUGAGUACGUGGAACUCGAUGAUCUCGGGUUUAAGUGUACAUGGUCUUGGAAAUGAUGCGUUGGAGAUUUUUUCGGAGAUGGUUUAUGAAGGUUUUAAACCGAAUAGUAUCACUUUUAUCGCUGUUCUGUCUGCUUGUAAUCAUGUGGGUUUGUUAGACCAAGCUCGCAAACUCUUUGAAACUAUGAGUAGUGUUUACGGGGUUGAGCCGAGUAUUGAACAUUAUGGUUGUAUGGUGGAUUUGCUUGGUCGGAUGGGGAGAUUUGAGGAAGCGGAAGAACUUGUGAACAAGGUUCCGGAAGAUGAGGCUUCGGUGCUAUUGGAAUCUCUUCUUGGUGCUUGUAAAAGGUUUGGUCGAAUGGAACAAGCAGAGAGUUUGGCUAAUCGGUUAUUGGAACUUAAUCCAGGGGAGACUUCAGGUUAUGUUCAAAUGUCAAACUUGUAUGCCUCUAACGAAAGAUGGGAUGAGGUUAUGGAUGUGAGAAGAAAGAUGAGAGCAGAAAGAGUAAGCAAGAAGCCUGGAUGUAGCGUCAUAGAAGUUGAUGGUGUUGUCCAUGAGUUCUUAGCUGGUGAAGGACUAAUGAACGACUAAAACUUGGUUUCAAGUCAGGCGAACCCCUCAACUUUGAAAACCAAGAAGAAGAAGAAAGAGGUUUAUUUCUUCCCCAUCUCAUCAUUCCAAAGAAUCUGAAAAAGUUUUGUGCUUUCUUUUUCUACUCUGGUUUUCUCAGGAUAGACUAUAAAACAAUAUGAUAGAAGAUGUAAGGUAGGUAUGUAGAGCUUACUGUUGUAAUAUCGUUAGGUCGUUGUGUUUAAUAUAGAGAUAGAAGAUGUUGUAUUAACGGGUAAAAACUAGUUGCAGUUUGAAAAAAAAAGAACCAAAGCCGCCUGAAGAAUCAUGUG